CCAACUCUCAUCCUGUGUCUGCUCAACUUGACCUGCACGCUCUCUCACAAUGUCUCUCGGCAAGAAGGUUACCCUCAACUCCGGUGCACAGAUCCCCCAGCUGGGAUUCGGUACCUGGCAGUCUGCCCCCGGCCAGGUCGGCGAUGCCGUCUACGAGGCCUUGAAGGCCGGAUACCGUCACCUGGAUUUGGCUACUAUCUACCAGAACCAGCGCGAGGUUGCCGAUGGUAUCAAGAGAGCCUACAAGGAUGUUCCUGGCCUCAAGCGUGAGGAUAUCUUCAUCACCUCCAAGCUGUGGAACUCGCAGCACGACCCCGCCGUUGUUGAACAGUCCCUGGACGAGUGCCUUGCUGAGCUCGAGCUCGAUUACCUCGAUCUCUACCUGGUUCACUGGCCCGUUGCCUUCACGACUGGCUCCAACUACUUCCCUCUCAUCGCGAACAGCUCCGUUGAGGGCGGUGAUGUCGAGAUCAACGACAAUGUCUCUAUCGUCGACACCUGGAAGGCCAUGACCAAGCUCCCCAAGAGCAAGGCCCGCACUGUCGGUGUGUCCAACCACAUGGUUCACCACCUUGAGGCUAUCAUCAAGGCCACUGGCAUUGUGCCCGCUGUCAACCAGAUCGAGCGCCACCCGGUCCUGCAGAGCAACGAGCUCAUCGAAUACUGCGCAAAGCUUGGCAUUCACAUCACUGCCUACUCGGCCUUCGGUAACAACGGCUUCAACGUUCCUCUGCUGAUCACUCGCCCCGAGGUCAAGGAGGUCGCCGAGUCGGCGUCCAAGAGACUCGGCACCGAGGUCACCCCCGCCCAAGUCAUCCUGGCCUGGUCUCAGGUCGGUGGCCACAGCGUCAUUCCCAAGUCUGUGACAGCAUCUCGUAUCCAGGCCAACUUCCAGGAGAUUGAGCUUACUCCUGAGGAGGUUGCCAAGGUGUCCGAGCUGGGCAAGGACCGCAGACGGUACAACACCCCCUACGUGGCCAACGUGCCGCGGUGGGAUAUCAACAUCUUCGGCGAGGAGGAGGAGAAGCCUGCUGGACACCAGGUUGUUGUUUAGUGCUGGUCACUGUAUGAAGUAUGUGAUAGAAUAAACGAAUAUAAAGUUUCAUCUUUUAUGACAGUCUGAAGAUAUGCCAAGAUCGGGUAGUUAACUUCUUAUCGUCGUCCAAGUGGACCGGUCAGCUAUAUCAGUUGAAUGGAUAGUGCUGCACGCCUGCAGUGGUGUAACAGAACAUCGCAGGAAAGCUCUGAUCAAAACAGUCCUUGGUGUACGGCAUGACGCACUACCUACAUAGCUGUUAUACGCAUAUCAGUGGCUCUAUUAGGCUAAAGGACAAUCAAACGAAAUGAAAUUUGAUACUGUUGCACAUCGGUUCAAGUCCGACAUGGCCUGAUUCCCCGCCAUCCAUCUUACAAAUCCAGAUUCUCUGCA